AUGUUGGAAACCGAUGAUGAUGAACAAGAAGAUGAUGAACAAGAAGAUGAUGAACAAGAAGAUGAUGAACAAGAAGAUGAUGAACAAGAAGAUGAUGAACAAGAAGAUGAUGAACAAGAAGAUGAUGAACAAGAAGAUGAUGAACAAGAAGAUGAUGAACAAGAAGAUGAUGAACAAGAAGAUGAUGAACAAGAAGAUGAUGAACAAGAAGAUGAUGAACAAGAAGAUGAUGAACAAGAAGAUGAUGAACAAGAAGAUGAUGAACAAGAAGAUGAUGAACAAGAAGAUGAUGAACAAGAAGAUGAUGAACAAGAAGAUGAUGAACAAGAAGAUGAUGAACAAGAAGAUGAUGAACAAGAAGAUGAUGAACAAGAAGAUGAUGAACAAGAAGAUGAUGAACAAAAAAGAUGA